AAAGUAAAUAACAUUAUGAUGUGUAGUAUGUGUUGUUUUUUUUUGAGUUUUAAAUUACCAACCUUAAUUUAUGCUUGUCAUUUAACGGAGCAUAAAUAUAAAAAAAAUAAUCAACUACCACAAACGGUAUUACAAGAUAAAUAAAUAAAUAAAUAAAUUAUAGUGUUCUACAUGUAACUACACAAAACUGCAAUCUUAGUAACAAUAGCAACAAUUUUUAUCAAACAAUAAAUGUUAAUAGAAAAUGAUAAGACCAGCUUAUACAGUAUACAGAUAAAUGUAAUAAAAUGUAAAUUAACUAUGUACAUUAAACAAAACAAAAAUAAAAAGAAAAAGGGGUUAUAUGUGCAAACGGUAAUCGCUGCUCACUGUAAUCAUGAAAUUGUGAAAUUUUGACGUACUUGUAUUGCUGCAAUACUUUUACUGAUCAUUACAUAUAUUUCUAAAUGAUAAAUUAUUUUACAGACAAAAUGGAGAAGUGUUGGUUGUGUCCAAAAGAGUUCAAUAGUCGAACUGACUUGUACAACCAUGUGAUAUCAAAGGAACACAGAAGGCAGUCUGUGUAUUGCCCAUGGUGCCCAACUGAAAAGACAUUCACAAGAGUGACUGAUCUGAAUAAACAUUGCAACAGCAGACAUUUUGUAGAAGUUAAUUGUUUGCCAAAAAUGUUUCUAAGUCUGAAUAACUGUUUUUAUUUUGCGGUAUACCCUCAAGACUAUGCCAGACUAAUAAAGCCACAACUGUUUGAGUCCUCCAUUGCUAUGGAUGCAAGGAGGAUAAUGAUGCAAUGGGUGGAAAAACAGCAUUUCAACCCGGCUCUGAGGGACAACAUAAGAAAAGGUUGGAAAGCUGGGUUGCAAAGUAGAAUAAAUGAACUUGAAAAUGGCAAAGAGGAGAAAGAAAACAAAAAGAGAAAGAGGGAAGCUGAAGAGGUUAAACCAAGCACAGAAGUUAAAGAAAUAUACAGCAACACAAUUACCAAUGACACAAAAAGACCAAAACAUGCAUUCCAAACAAAAUGA